AUGCGGCGUUCCAGAAACGCGGUCUUUAUUUCUUUGUACGGAGUGUUUUUACACCAUCAACGGUGUUCCAACAGGGAUGUCAGGGAACCCUAUCGUCGUCGCUCUUCUGAUCCAAAAACCAUCAGGGAGAAGGGAGAUUUUCAGAGAGACAUGAAGUUUUCCAAGCAGCGUCCUCUCCCGACUGCCCCAUGGCUCCAGGACAAGAAGCGAACCUACAUGGAUGAUGCCGAACGUUUGUAUGGGCGGAAAGAGACCUGGUGCAACGUGAAGGAUGAGGCAUUGCGUGAAAAGUUGGCAUCUUUGUUACAAGACUACUUAAAAGACAUGAUUGACGCGACGAGGCUCGACAUUCGUGAUGCAAAGAAGUAUAUGCGGCUCUGCGAACAAAUGGAUGCCGAAUACCGUAGUUACGUGGCAGCAGCGACUUUUUCCUCACCACACCUUCUUCGUUCUUGGGCAUUGACUGUAUGCCAAAAGGAUGAAAAGGAAAGCCGCAUGCUGUCUGCAUUGGGCGAUUCUCAAGAAGGCAGUUUGUCAAGGGAAGAUGAUGUUAUGGAUCCGCUAAGAGAAGAGGAAGAGGGAGAUGGAGCCAAUGAAGAAGAACACCAGGAGACGCGUCUAACAAGAAAGAGGUUUUUAGAAUCUCGACGUCGCCAAGGUGAGGAAGCCACGCUGGAGAAUACACCCGCCACCAUGGACCUUUUGAACGGAGAGAGGCAAAACGCUCCCUAUUCGGCAUUUCCGUUUUUGCGCCAACGGGCAAUGGAGAACGAAACAACAUUAGACCCUUCUUUGGUUGAUUGGACAGCGAAGUAUUUCCCGGAGGAUGACGACCGCACCUUCUCAUCUCCACCCAAGCUGCACGGGGAUGCAGAGGAGGGUGAGCCAAGCACUGGCUCAUCAAGCACACAGGUUUCUGCAGGGAAUAAUGAUUUCUCGUCUCCCAAACCGAAUGCACGUCGUCGCUUGCAGCGCUCUUUAAGGCUCCAUCAAGACAUGCAUCGCCCUACAUUUGACGCGGAGGGGGUCUUUUAUCGUGUUCGUCGACAAGGCAAUGACGAUGAUCGCGCGUCAAAGCCGCGAGAGGUCCGUGGUUCCGAUGCAAGCAUCGACAGAGACAGUGAAAUGGUUAAGGUGCCAUGGGAAACGGUGGUGAAGGCGAAGGAGCAAGGCUAUUCUGUGGAUAUAUUACGCGCAAAAGAGCGACUCAUGCGUCUUUCAAGAGGCGAGGAUCCAAAGACCAUUCCGUGA